AUAUUGCUAUUGGUGUAAAAGAGAAUAAAUUACUUACCAGCAAUAGUGAGUAAAGAGAAUUAAAGCCUUAAAAGAGUGUGAAUGGACUUUUUUUUCACUUGAGCAAAGGACAGGGAAGGUAGCCGUUUCUUCUCCUUUCCCUUUCAAGCUUUCCUUCUUCCAUCAUUGCCUGUGCCCCUCUCUUCUUCCAUCGCUUCUCUUAGCUUCUGCAGGCCUCCCCACCCAACCCCCUCAUCUGCAGAGAUCCACCCGUCACAUGGCAUCAUCUCCCCUGUAGUAAGUACGUUUGGGCAGCAACAUGGAUACAACUCCCAAGCAGCAGCACCGCAAGCGAAAGCGCUUCUUCAGGCCCUCUUUCUCCUCCUUACUCUCCCACUACUACUCCGUCUGGCCGCUCAUUCUCUGCUUCUGUUGCUUCGUCUUUCUCCUCUUCGACGGCUUCUCCACCAUUGGCUCAUCAGCCUUCCGCCCUGUUCUCAUCGUCUCCCGCUUGCCUUUACUGUCAGCUUCAUCAUCUACAGCCACGAAUUCUAUCCUCCUACAUACUACCUGUGAUGUUGAUGAUGAUGAUGGGUUUUUGCCUUUGAAGGUUGAGGAUCGGGUCUUGUUCCGGGACCAUGUGUUACUGUUUCUCUCCAACUCCAACAAGAAAUCUCUGCAGCGUCUUCACCUGGGCAGAAAAUUGUAUUGUGUAUACAAUAAAAUCAGUAACAGUAACAAUUCGAAUGAGGUAGUGGAGGAGAGCCGCCGCAUCUCACUUCCCAUUCUCUCUGUGGACGAAUUCGAUGGUUCCAGAUCAAUUGCUCGAUGUCCCACUCCACCUGCUAAUUAUUCCGCUUUGGUUUUUCUCGAGAGGCUUCGAAUUAGAAAGCAGCAUAACAGAGGAGAAGAAGAAGAAGCUGCGAUGUUAGGAAUUGGAAUUGAUCAGCCAGUUAAUUCGUGGGAGAAUCUGGUAUAUGGUGCAGCUUUUGAUGGAGACACGGCAGUGGUGUUCGUCAAGGGAUUGAAUCUUCGACCUGACAGAUCCUCGGAUCCAACCCAAUUCGUCUGCUACUUCGGUUACGGGGAUAGGGAGAGGCAUCCUAGAUAUGCUUUCACCAGUGCGGCCCUUUCUGCAGCACAGGAAGUUGUCCGGUGCUCACUCCCUGUUAGUAUUCGAAACAAAAUAGUUAGAGAUCACGGGAUCUCAGUCACCAUCGGUGCAGCUUCAUUGGGAGCGUUGGGCCGAGUUGGAACUCCUCCCCUUUAUAUCCCUCUACCUUCCGUCGCAAAUAUCUUCAAUUCCGCCGCCACCACCAAGCAUAAGAAAUAUGAGCUUUGUAUGUGCACCAUGAUAUGGAACCAAGCCUCCUCCCUCCGGGAAUGGAUCAUGUACCAUGCCUGGCUCGGGGUUGAGCGCUGGUUCAUCUAUGACAACAACAGCGACGACAACAUCAAGCAAGUGAUCGAUGAACUCAAUCUAGAGAACUACAAUGUCAGCAGGCACGUCUGGCCUUGGCUCAAAACCCAGGAAGCUGGUUUCUCCCGCUGCACUCUCAUGGCAAAGAACGAAUGCAAUUGGGUGGGAUUCAUGGAUGUUGAUGAGUUCUUCUACUUCCGUGUACCCAUUUCACGCAGAAUGAUCCGUAAGUUGGGGUACCCAGGUCGAGAUUCCCUCAAAUCCCUCGUCGCAAAUUUCUCUUCCUCAGCAGUAAUCGGUGAGAUCAGAACAACCUGCUACAGCUUUGGACCGUCGGGGCUGAGAACACCUCCCUCACAGGGAGUGACGGUGGGCUACACAUGCCGGCUUCAUAGCCCUGAGAGGCACAAGUCCAUUGUGCGCCCCAUUGCUCUCCACCAUACCUUACUCAAUGUAGUUCACCAUUUCCGGCUAAAGAGAGGGUACAGGUACCUAAACCUGCCCCAAAGCACAGCUGUUAUAAACCACUACAAGUACCAGGUGUGGGAAUCGUUCAGGGCAAAGUUCUCCCGAAGGGUUGCCACCUACGUCGCUGACUGGCAAGAGAACCAGAAUGAGGGAUCCAAGGACAGGGUUCCUGGGCUUGGAACUGAAGCAAUUGAGCCACCCAAUUGGCCACUCCAGUUCUGUGAAGUAUGGGAUACUCGCCUAAGGGACUUCGUCGUGGCCAACUUGGCUGAUCCUGCAACUGGUAUGCUUCCCUGGGAAAGCUCUCUUCGGGAAUGGUCUAUGUAAAUGAAUCACUUGUACAAUCACACUCAUUCUUUAUUCCCAUCUUUUCACCUUUUGUCCUGUUUUUUGUUUUUCCUAACAUGGGAUUCAGAGAAGCCAUGGUUAAUUAUAGGGUUUUACAUUUUGUAAUUCAGUAAGGAGGACAUCACAAGAUAAUUUUUUCCCAUUAUGAUUGAUUUUAUUGAAUCUUUUUCAAUUUCUUUAA